CUGUUCCCCUCAGGCUACAAGGUCCACUAAGUGCAAACGGUAUUGGUCGGGUGGAAGUAUUCUACAAUGGGCAAUGGGGAACAAUCUGUGAUCAUAGUUGGGAUGUAGUUGAUGCCAGGGUUGUAUGUCGUCAACUUGGUUACUUGAAUACAUAUCAUGUUAGAGCUGUUCGAGGACGGGGUGUUUUUGAUGGUACUGGACCGAUAUGGUUACACGAUGUUGCUUGUAUUGGAAAUGAACUAAACGUGACGAGUUGUUCCCAUGGCAAAUGGGGAAAUACAAAUUGCAAUCACAGUGAAGACGCAGGAGUAGAAUGUUCUUCAAUAGGUAAAUCACCAUACUGUAUUUGACGACUCGUAUGAAACUCCAUGUGAUAUUAAAUACAUGUGUACAUAAUUCACAUGACUCCUGGAAGGACAUAAAUCUUUUUUAAAAAACGAUGGCGUCGUGAUGUGAGUUGCAUGCCGGUUAAGUCAAGCAGUUUUAGAUAUUCUGUAAUAUUAUUUAUAUAGAAGAUUGGGUAAGGUUCAUAAUAUACCUUUAUUUUGAUAAAACCAUACCGGAAGUAAAACUAACAACACAUUGAAGCUAUGAUUACCAAUUUUGCUGUAUUCUAUUUUUUAUGUAUUCUAUUAUUGCUGUAUUACUAUUUUUGCUGUAUUCUAUAAAAACGUUUUGUGUGGUAAAAUGCUUGAACAACAUUUUCAAACCAAACCAUCGCCAAAUAACAUCCAUCAAACACAUGCAGCUGAUUCAGUGAAACACGUUAAUAAAAAUUAAAACUAUAUGUUGCAAUUGUCCGACAGUCGCGGCAGGCUCUACUAAGUUACAGUAUAGGUACCAUGCCACACUGGCUAGGUAAACAUGCCGUGUUGGCAGCCAAAAAAAUUACAGUAGAUUUGCUAAACAAAUGAUUCGCUUUAUAAAAUGACACGAUGCAUCCCGGAUAGCUGGACUGCAGUAUAGUAAUUCGUUGUGCAAACCAAGUCCGUUUCAGGCUUACUUUAUGCAGAAAUGCAUUACAAAACGCUAUUGCUGUAAGCUGUUUCUUUUGAUAAUAAUCUUGUCAGAACGCAACGUCUUUUUCGUCGUUUAAAUUAAACACCCAGCAAGACUGCAACAUUAACGCAUUCCGCACGCAAUAUUUUUCGUAUACAAUAUUUCAGGAACCUUGGACACUUCUGUCGUUUUCUGACUUCUUCCUACCAUGGCAGGAUGUGUUAUACUGUAUCUUAAAGCGAUCAUUUGCACUUAAUUAAAACUUUCCAGAGAGAAAACCGCAUCUUUUAUCAACAUACAGCAAGGGAGCACAGCAGUAUUCUUCUCGAGAUUUGCGUACCUGUAUGGCUGUAAAAUCUGUGAAUAGGUAGUCUUUGUCUUCUUUGGUUUUCUAAUUUGCAUAUAAACAGUAAACACUGUUUUUAAAUACUUUACAGUACCAUAACCACAACUAUAACUUUCACAUGGUCGUCCGCGGUACAUAUUAUAUCACAUGUAACGGUUUGUAAAUACGCGCGAAAAUUACAAUAAAUAAUAGAUGGGACUGAAACUGUGGGCACGUAAUCAAUAUUAACCAAUAGCAUUUGGGGAUUUGAAAACUGCUUUCUCCAAGGUUUGUAGCAAAACCAAACGCUUACUAUCAGAUAGAGGCGACUGUAAAAGCCUACCAAAAACUGAUUUGUGCACAAUUCAUAAACUUUUCAACUCUGAUAUUCCUUUUCAAAUGUUUUAUAUAUGCUGCUUCUACUUCGAGAAUAUUGCCCCAUAGCAUAUUCGAAAGUGGUUUUAAUUCUAUGAAUAAACGAAUUUUGUCAUUAUUUAUAUUAAAUUAAAUAUUUCAAGCUCGUCCGGUGUGGAUACACUCUCAGAGUAACAUCACAAGCAUCAUAUUCACCUGAGUACACAACAACACCACAGAAAAAAUCGUUGUUAGUUGUGAUUUUUCUGUACCUAUAUUAGUUGUAUUAAACACAAAUACUCCCGUUUUACUAUAUCGUAUGCUGGUUUUUACUUGGAUAAUUUUGCAUUAAGCAUAGUUAAAAAUGGCUUGAAUGUUAUAAAGUAACACAAAAUAUAACAAAAUCAUGACGAAAUUUGACACCAUUGUUUUAUAGUACCAGAAAUACAUGCAUGCAGCAACCCCUGAUUUAACAUGAAGUAUUAAUAAUUGAUCAACACUAAAAGCAGGCUCGCGUUUACGUCAGUGUUGCCAUGGCAACACGAUAAAAUGAUAAAUUUAAUUUUUAUUAUAUUUUUAUUAUAUUUUGUACAGCACGCCAAAAAUAGUUGAAAGAUCAUUGCUUUUAACUAUAUAACAAUGAAUUUCCGAAAUAUGUACUGUAGGUAUGUUCUUGAAUUUGUGAGCUUUGAUUUAAUGUAAAAUUUAACCUAAAUCGCUUCGUAAAAUGUUUUGAAAUGUUCAUUUUUAUAUUAAACUAAAUAAAACUGCUUUUAAAGGCUUUUUUCGUUGAACUGUUUUUACUUUAUAAAACAAAAUAAGUUCAAAUUGUUGAGUAUUUUCAGUUCGAUUUUUAAAUUAAUUUGCUGUCCUUUACAUUUUACCUUUUUUUCAUUGAACGGGGUAAUUUAACAAACUUUAAUACAGCUUCAUUGAAAAGGAAAGCAGUGCAUGUUUUACGCAAUAAAUUAAAGCAACAAAAUUCAUAAACAUUAAACAUUCCAAGCAAACUUGCCCUAUAUUCCACGACUUUCCACAGUAAAUCAAUUCUUCUCAUUUCUUCAAACAAAGAUUGCUCCAAAGCUCAUUGUGUGAAACGUGAUUUUUCAAAUCUAUGCUUUUGAAAAUUGAAAUCUUGCUUAUCCCACUCCUGGUAAACAGCCAUAUUUUUGAGAUCAGUGAGGAUGAUCACCCACGGUUGGUGACCAACGCCCGCGAUCAUUGAUGAACUUUACACUUGCCUAAUGCUUCCCUUUCCCCGGUGUAAAUAGCCGGGGGGGGGGAUUAGUACCCACGCCCCGGACUGACGCCCGGGACGGCGCUCCGCGCCGUUGGCUCGGGGAUAAAAUGUAAUGUACUUGAUACAAAUAUAUGGCAUACUACAAUCAACCACACUCUGGAUCAACUCUUAAUAUAAUAUUAUGUGAACUGAAGCUUAGAUUGCAUAAUUCCAUACUGCUGUGCUCCCUUGCAUACAGAAUAUUUGUCAAUGCCUGCAAUGAUUGUAUUUGGCUAAAAUUAGCCUCUCUUAAUUUCAGUAUAGUUAACAUGCACUUACAUACCUGCAAGCACUGUACUUUUCUGUACUUCGCUUUAGGAAUAAUAUUAAGAUGAAAAACAGGUACUGAAUCCAGUUUUAGUGUAUAUUGUGUUUAACUCUCAUACUGGCUGGAAGUAUUUGUACUUACUUUAAUAUAUAAAUUUAACAAAACAACUGAUAUUAUUAUUCCUUCCCAAAUUCCCGCACUGUUCGGUCCGACCACAUGUGUUCUGUCCCAUGAUGCCUUUCGCGUUUUAUGUAAUGUUCAAAAAAUAUUUUACACCACUGCACCAAUUUUAUUUCCAGAUUAAUGGUUUACCUUCCCAACCAUGCGUGAUGUGAUGCACCAUCAUUAAAAUGUGGCCGAAAAUUAUACUAUCUCACACGUCAGCUUUUCUUCGUCUUAAUUUGAUUUAAUUUUUACAGCUGCACCCCUCAGAUUGCAAGGGCCUUUAAGUGAAAAUGGCACUGGUCGUGUGGAAGUAUUCUAUAAUGUGGAGUGGGGAACAAUCUGUGAUGAUGGUUGGGAUAUUGACGAUGCAAACGUUGUAUGUCGUCAGCUUGGUUAUACACAUGCUGUUAGAGCUCUUGAAGGCAGCUAUGUCCCUGAUGGUACUGGACGGAUAUGGUUAGAUGAUGUCUCUUGUACUGGGAGUGAACAAAAUCUGACCAGUUGUUCUCAUAACGGAUGGGGAAAUGAAAAUUGCAGGCACGAUGAAGACGCAGGAGUAGAAUGUUCUUCAAAAGGUAAUAUUUUGUUUUUAACCACUCGUAUGGAACUGUGAUACACAUCAAUCACAUAAACCUCUCUCCGAAAAAUAUUCAUCACGUCAUGCGAGAAAGCACUUGAACAGUUGCUUACCCGGCGUUAAAUUUGCUAUUUUCGCAAAUAUUUAAUGAGUUAUAUAGUGGCACAGUGGUAACGUAUCAUUCCGCAGGUUCGAAUCCCUGGCGAGAUACAAAAUCUUCCCGUUCAACUUUUAUCAAAACUUUUUUCUUCUAAUCUGAACUUUCUUUGGUAAUGAUUAGCAUCGGUUUAAAGGAGGAGAGAUUCCUUUAUUUCAUAAAAUUAAACCUCGUACUUUAUUCGAGGUACAAAUCCUGCCGGAAAUUUAGUACAGCCUGGCUGCGGGCUGACACGUUGUUUUUUCAAAAUAAUAUUAUUAAAUUCAACAAGCUAUCAGGCCUUAAAAAAUGCUCUAGUACUUGUCGCUGCACUUUAUAAUGUACCGUAUAUCUUUCUUUAGUUUCAACACAAAUAUCAAAUAUCAUGCUGAUCAAAUAACAAAUCGACUUCCUGAUUGUGUUACUAAUAUCAAAGUGUCUUCAAAAAUACGCUUUCCAGUUACCUCCUGAACACAAGGAAGGAGAGCAAUCAUAGGCUUCUCUUCUUUGAAUUUGACUGUUGCUCCACGCCUUCCAGAUUCUUAUACUUUAAAUACGACAUUAUUUGGACGACAGUGCAUGGAAAAGAGCCAAUCAUUACUCUCAUGUUGCUGAUACAAUGACAUAAUAGCUUCGCAUAGUGCUAAUGCCCCAUUCGAGAUUACCAACAUCCGCAGCCUUCGGCCAAAGAGAUUAUAAAAAAUGGCGCCGCGAGUGGCAUGUUGACAAAUUUCCAAUAUUCUGUAUUAUAAUAUUGUAUUUAGAUAGAAAUGUGAGUAAGGUUUUCACAUAUACAUGUAGUUUGAAAAUUAUUAUCAUUAUAUAUAAUUAUGAAACAAUAACAGUAGGGUGUUCGAACUUUAGCACGCUAUUGUACGUGAAUUACUCGGUGUGUGAACACAAUUUUUAUAUUCGGAAAGACCAGGCUUCUAGCUAUUGAAUGACAUGUUUUUCAUGCCAAUUGGAGAAAAAUAAGCAAGUACAAGUCCGAUAAAAAAUGUUAGUCAGAAUCGCAUAUUUUCACCUCUGUGUCUAAUUAAAACAGGGUGCAUAACAAAAGAAAAUAACGAACUUGUCAUAGCUUAGCUAAGAUUUAUUCAUACUUAAUAAUGAUUAAGAAUAUGUGCGUAGUUUCAUAAAGUGAAAUUCAUCAACUUAAGCCCGUUCUCCACUACGCGAAUUUGUUCGCGCGACGCGAAGCGAAAACCGAAAUCCGGCAACGUGAUUGGUCGGCGAAAAAAUUCGCGGCGAAAAAGUAGCAUCGCUUCCUACUUUUUAUCUGUUCGCGCGAAUAAAUUCGCCUAGUGGAGAACGGGCUUUAAGUCCUAAAGGAGGUUAAUUUUCAAUGGUUUUAGACCCAACUCUCAAUGGUGAAAAUAAGCGAUUCUGACUAAUAUUUUUAUCGGAUUCGUAUUUGCUCAUUUGUUAUCCAUUUCGCAUGACGAAUAUAUCAUUCAACAGCUAAAAGCCUGAUCUCUUCGCAUAUGAAAAUAUCUCGGUCAUACACAGAGUAAUUCAGAUGCAAUAGCGCGCUGAAGUUCGAUUACCUUUCUUUUGAUGCUGCAUGCACCCUGUAUAUUCUCUGAUUCUGUAGUUGUUUUGCCGACACUUGGUUUCAGCAAUGGAUCUCACCUGACAGUCGAAGAAGGAAUCUCCAUUGUGCUUACUAUUGAAGUGACUGGGCCGCUAACAACUGAAAUUUCUGCAACGUAAGUCAAAUAACAAUAAAUUGAACAAGUAUCAAGUAUAAAUAGAAAAGAAACAAAAUAUAUAAAUAAAACAUUUAAUGAAUAUACUUUAACUGGAAAUACAUCCAUAAAGUACCUUCUCUCGUCCUUCCUAACCAAACAUUUUUUCAACAUGAAUUAUUUCCAAGUAGUAAACGUUUCGCCGACGCAAUUUUCCCUUUCGUAAACAGCCAGGGUCAGCAGUAACAAUCAGUGUCACCAUUCUCAGUGCGCAUCACAUCCGGUGAGUAUGAAAUGAGAUAUUUACCACGCGAAACGCGCGUUCGAACGUGUUAACCAAGAUCAGUGGUGCUAACAUGAGUGGGAAUUGGAAAAUCACAAGUUAUAUCAACACAAGUGGAAAUUGGGAAAACGAGAAAUUGUGUGGAAACACAAUAUUUUUUAUAACAGCACAAAGAAAUAUAAAGAAAUAAAUUUCCGUGUUGACAUAUAUCAACACGGCUCUUAGCCAAUCACCGUUCAGAAUUUACAAAUGCUAUAUUAUAAAAUGGUUUUGUCAGUAAGGCGAGGGUUUCUGCAUGCACGUAUUUUCUAGUGACAUUCGAUAAUACAUCGCGAUGAAUGCAAUAACAUACAAAUAUAUUUAACAAAACAAGCAGUACUAACACUAAGAUUUAUCUCACAUCUGAUUAUUAGACAACAAAUUAAUAAUGGUAAUUGAACUGAAUGGAGUGCAGUUUGAACUGAAAUCAAACGCGUGAUUACAAAAUCGCACGACCGCAAAGCGGGAGUGCGAUUUGUAAUCACAAGUUUGAUUUCAGUCCAAAAUUGCACGACACGAAGUUCAUUUUCCACUUUAUUAUAUUCAUUUUGAAAUCUUAAAUAUUUUGUAAACCGGAAACGUUUUUGUUUGCAAAAGACACACCUCCAAUACCUCCCUGAGAGCUUGAGCAUAGCAACAAUAACCGAACAAGAUGAACUCAGUUUUGUUAAAUUGCACGUUCAAAAUAAUGCAAAAAUGUUAAAGAAAUGAAAACAUUUAUAAAGAAUAAGAGACAACACAAGUAAGUUUAAACAUAUUGUAGGUUUUACGAGUGAUUUGAAACAGUUUUGGUGCAGUUCUGUGCGUUUAAAAUUGGAAAUAGGCGAAUUUACCUUUGUAUUCCCUGACGCUUUAUAAAAUAUGCUUUUGUUGGCAUUUUUGCCCGUUACUACUUGUAAAAUUUCAAAAAAUAUAAAAUUCUUUGCAAUUCUUUGGUAGUUUACUGUAGCUGUCCAUAUUCUUUUGUGUUUAUGUGCAAAACAUUGCUUAAGCCCGUUCUCCACUAGGCGAAUUUAUUCGCGCGAACAGAUAAAAAGUAGGAAGCGAUCGUACUUUUUCGCCGCGAAUUUUUUCGCCGACCAAUCACGUUGCCGGAUUUCGGUUUUCGCUUCGCGUCGCGCGAACAAAUUCGCGUAGUGGAGAACGGGCUUUAAGGUACUCAAGAGUAAAUUAUGACAUAUGUAAAUUUUUUGUUUUUGCUCAUUUGCCAUAUUAUAUUUUUCUUAAAAUUGAUUGGCUGUUUGAAUCCUAUGAUUAAAUAUGAUUAGUUGGCUGAAGUCAGCACCCUAAUGUGGGUUGAAAGAAGGUGCGAUUUCAGCACGAAUAUUCGUGCUGAAAUCGCACUCCUGUGAAACAAUCAGAUUGCAGGAAACACGAUUGAUUUCAAAAUUAAUAUAAGUAUAGGUAAUCAUGCGAUGGCGAGUACAAUUAGGGAUUAAUCGUACGAGUGAUGUAAAUUUCCAAACAUCACGAGUACUAUUAAUCCCUAAUUGUACGAGCAACAUCGCAUGAUUACUUGUUUAUUAUUAGCAUGACAAAAUUGGAUACGUACUUCUCAUUGUCAAUAUCAUAUUCUCUCGCCAAAGCCCAGUCCUGCCAGAUUUUCAAACAAAAUUUGGUGCUUUUGUUUGUAUUUUCAUUUAGUUCUUUUGUUAAAGAAAAAUUUGGUGCUUUUGUUCGUAUUUUCAUCUAGUUCCUUCACGGCAAUUUCAUUUCACAUCUGUGUUUAAAAUACCUUUCCGCCAUUUUGUUUGUUUUGGGAAAAUCAUUAAUAGUACAAUUAAUGAUGGUAAUAGAACGAAUAGGAGUGCUAUUAAUGCCAUAAUCAUACGAGUAAUUACAAAAUCAACCGACCGCGUAGCGAGAGGUUGAUUUUUUAAUCACGCGUCUGAUUAUGGCAUUAAUAUAGUACGACUUAAUUCGUUCUAUUACUUAUUAAUUAUUUAUCUUCUGUAAUCAAACUGUUUAAGGGGGGAAAGCACAAAAAUACAAUUUGUUGAAAUUCAAUAUAAUUAUUAAAUUUUUGUCACGACAAUUCUUAGUGAAAUAGUACAAUUUUGAAUUAAAUUUAUCAUAAUCAAAUUAACAUAUUAAUUAACUUCUGGGUAUUAUUUCCGGUAUAAUCACAUGACAACAUUGUUUGAAUUAUUCAACACACAAUUGGGAAGCCAUGUUUGCAUGUUUAUAACGUGUUCAAAAUAGUGAAGUUCUUUAGUUCAUUUUAACCUGAAUCUGAUUGAAAUAUAACCGCUGGUUGUGUCUAGUUCGGUAACCUGAGUAUCAGGCUCUAUUUUACAAAUAGAGCCUGAUACAAACCUUAACCCGAACGCUUUCCACCCACAGCAAAGUUUAUAUUUAGUACCCAAUCAAAAUGUCGCAGGAGAAAUUUAAAUUUCACACAACGACAACAACGAUCUAAUUAUAGCAUAGGCAGCCCACUAAACGGCUGAAUUUAAAUUAAAACUGCAAUGAACUUAUAAAAUUAACAAAAAUAAUCACAAAUUAGCGAAACAUAUUGCAAAUGUAGCUUAUAUUAAAUUGCCACCCGAUUGCACUAUCAACGAACUGACGUAUAAUUAUAAAGUAUAUAUAUAUAUAUAUAAGUAUACCGGCUUUAUAUUAAACUAUACGUCAGUUAGUCGAUAGUGCAAUCGGAUGGCGAUUUAAUAUAGCUACAUUUGCAAUAUAUUUCGCUAAUUUGCGAUUAUUUUCUAAUUUUACUGCAUUUUUAAUUUAAAUUCAGCCGUUAUAGUGGGCUGGCUAAUAUGAUUGUAGUUGUGAUCAACAACAAUAGUAUAAUCUAAUUAGCACCAGCCAAUCAAAUGACAGAUUUAAAAAAUCGUUUGUCUAAUCGGCCAAUCAGACGAAAAAGCCAGAAUAUGGCUUUUUACAUGCGGCGCGGUAAAGAAUUGUAUCAGGCCCUCCUUCAUUCGCCACCGCCAAUUAAUCCUGGCGAAUGAAAACAUAAGGGCCUGAUACUCAGGUUACUAGUUCGGUGUCUUCUGCUGGAAUAACAGGUAGGUCAUUUUCGUCAGAAAAUAUAUAAUUUAACAGCCCUAGAAAACGAGGUCGGUCACUAUUAAAUGCCGACCUAUCAACCUCCCAGGUCGGCCAUGUUUUGCCGACCUUAAUUCAGCCAAAGUAAGAAACUUUUUUGGUGCUAAUAGCUGUUAAAAAGUCAGCGAUUAUAGAAUUCGAUACACUUUGGUGUAAGGUUUAAGAAUUAACGGGUAUUAUGAUAUAAUUUAGGUAAGACUCCAAAAGAAAAGCCUUCGUGACAUUUAUACUUUUCAAUGAUUCGUAAAUACGUGAUUACUAGUGCAGGCUACUAGUGCUCCAAAACAUGGAAACAGAUUUUAAAAAAUGUCGAGAUGUGCCGAGCUAGGUCAGAUUUAGGUCAGCAUUUUUUUUCCGACCUCAAUUUUGACAGUUUUCGAGGGCUAACUUAAAAAUUAAAAGGUCAAAAUUUUCAAAAUUUGUGAAUUCCUCCAUUUUGAAUUUUUUUACAGCAAUAAAGAAAAUAAAAUUCAAAGUUUUUAUCCUGAAUGCUGAUUGGCUAGUUGUAAAUACUAGACUGGUUUUCAUUGGUUGUAGACAAGGGUGCGAUUACAGAUCAGAAAAAGGUGCGAUUAAUGCUCAAAUCGCACUCCUGUAAACCAAUGAAAUUGCAGUAUUUGCCACAGUAUUUGCCACUAUUUGUCAUUUAAACAAUUAAUAAAAUAAUUGUACUCCUGUCGACCAAUCAGCAUCCAGUAAUUUUGUCAUGCUAAUAUAAUAAAAGUAAAUACCCGAUAAAAAUUCAGUUCAUUUAACCUCCAAGACGCAUGCACGCAGCUAAGAUACCCCAUGUAAUUUUUUCACCUUGGUAGUUUCAAAAAUAAUCCUCAGUCUGGCUAGCGGAAAUAAAGUUAAAAACCCCAGAAAUAAAGUUAAAAAUCCCGUUCGAUCAAAGGGCUUGUUACUCUAAAUUUUAUAUGUAUGGCGUCAAUUGCUAAGUUUGACUAAUACGAUUAUAUUUCGUUUCGGUUUUUUACUAUUUUACUUUGCUAACAAAGUGGUCAUUUCACUUGGUUUUCACCUCUGGAACUAUAUUUGGAUUUCUAUUAUAUUCCCACAUUUUAUUUAGGGCCACAGUUUCACUUGUAAGCGCCAGUAAUGCAGAUUUCGAUGCACUUCCGCUUUCUGACUUGAACUUUGGUCCUGGUAACACUGACGAAACAAUUACUAUAGCAACCAAGGAUGAUUCAAUUAUUGAACCCGACGAGUUCUUUGUUGUCAUUCUGUCAACAACAAGUUCAAAUGUGCAAAUUGACAAGGUCAAGGGAGUCAUAAUUAUUACGAUUAAUGACAACGAUG